AUGGCUUCUCGCAAGUGGCGGGCUUUCGGGAAGGCACUGGGCAAAAAGAAGAUCUUUGAACCUGAGCAGCUGGAAGCUAGUGAUCUCAGAAGAUGUUUAACCCUCUGCGACCUGACUGCCCUGGGUGUUGGCAGCACUCUGGGUGUAGGUAUUUACGUGUUGGUGGGUUCUGUGGCGCUGCAUAUCGCGGGCCCCUCUAUUGUUCUUUCGUUCCUUAUCGCGGCCAUCGCGUCACUGUUCGCAGGUCUGUGCUACGCAGAGUUCGGGUCGCGGGUGCCGAAAGCUGGCUCCGUCUACAUCUACACCUACGUCACCGUGGGAGAGUUCCUCGCUUUCAUCAUCGGCUGGAACAUGAUAAUAGAGUCCAUGUUCGGCACUGCGAGCGUAGCCAGGGGACUAAGCAUGUAUUUAGACUCAAUGCUCAAUAAAACGAUGUCGACUUGGUUUUUAGAGGCAACGCCAAUAUACUCUGCGCAUUUUUCUGCGUAUUUCGACGUAUUUGCUUUUCUUGUGGUCAUCGUUCUCGGAGUACUGUUGUCGCUGGGCGUGCGCGCGUCGUCCGCCGUCAACAACGUGCUGGCCGCCGUCAACAUGGCCGUCAUACUGUUCAUUGUGAUCGCCGGCGCUUUCAAAGCGGACGUUAGCAACUGGAGAAUCCCCGCUAGCAGUGUGCCGGAGGGCCAGGGCUCCGGCGGGUUCUUUCCGUACGGCGUGUGGGGCACACUGCGCGGUGCCGCAAUCUGCUUCUAUGGAUUCGUGGGUUUCGACACCAUCAACUCUACGGGGGAGGAGGUGCGUGAGCCGCGGCGAGUGAUCCCAUUCGCGAUCCUGACAGUGCUGGGCCUCGUGUUCGUGGCAUACGCUUGCGUCGCCGUCGUCAUAACCAUGAUGGUGCCAUAUUACUUGCAGGACACGGUAGCGUCGGUCGCCACGGCUUUCACGUACGUGGGUUGGGACUGGGCGCGGUGGGUUGUGUCCGUCGGUGCCGUGUUUGGGAUUGCUGCGAGUCUUUACGGUGCCAUGUUCCCUUUACCUCGACUGCUCUACGCUAUGGCGUCUGACGGUCUACUGUUUCAUUGGCUUGCGAGGGUCAACUCUAAUCGAAAGUCUCCAGUGAUCGCUACACUGCUAUCCACUUGUAUAAUAGCCAUCUUGGCAGCUAUAUUGGAGCUGGAGCAGCUAGUCAUGAUGAUGUGUAUUGGGACGCUCCUCUCCUACACCAUUGUUGCGGCGUGUGUUAUAUUAUUGAGAUACCGAUCAGAUUCCGAUACUCCAGACACUGGCUACUUUAAGCAGAUCAUUAGAUGCGAGAUGAGAAUGCCGUCUCGUCGCACAUCACGGGUAGUGAAUAUUACCUUGGUGUUAUUUAUGUGCGUUUGUGUGAUCAUUGCUUUAGUGGCUAAUUUCGUAGAAGAGUCUGUAAUAGCAAUGGUGAGCCUACACGCCUGCGGGUUCGUACUGCUCAUAGUUAUGAUGCUGCAGCCUCAGGCUGAGGAAGAGUUGACUUUCAAGACUCCACUGGUUCCAAUCAUACCGUGCCUGAGCAUUUAUGUCAACAUUCAUCUCAUGAUACUCAUUAAUAUACAAACUUGGAUUCGUGUUGUAAUCUGGAUUUUAAUUGGUGUUCCAGUAUAUUUUAUUUGCACAUGCUGCUAUAAUACAUACGGUUGUGAAAACUUGGACGAAAAUAUAAAAUCAUAUCCACAAGUCAACAAUAACGGAAAACCACCCGUGCAGAUUAUUGUUGAGACACCGACCCCUCCGGGUACUAUUAAAAUCAGUAGUAGCAAUGGAGGAGAUCAAAAUAUAAGAUCUAACAAUGAAAGUAAUGUUGUUAAUACAACGCUAAUACAGCAGAGAGCCGUCAGAAAUAACAUACAAUUCAUUACGGAAGAGGUAAUUGUACAACAAGCAAUUGUAGAAGAUAAUGAAGAGAAGGAAGCGAAAAUUAUAGAUUUAUUGGACCAAGUGCUACAAGCGGAAGAAGACUCUUAUGGAGAAAUUAUUAGUCUAAAAGAACAAACAGAGGAGGAAAAGGAUGAAGCCACGCCAACUGUUUUAGACAGAAAAUCGUUAAGUGAAUUGUCUGACGCUGGAUCGGACGCAUCUUUAGGUAAUCAAGCAUUAUCUAAAUAUGAUGUUAUAGCGCAAGUGCAUAGAGAAGAUUUAGCCAAGGUCUCAGAAGAAGAAGAAAAACCAGAUAGAGAGGAUGAAAAUGAUACAAAUCAAGUAGAAGACCAAGAAGAGAUGACAGCAUUUAACGACAGCGAAACGAAUUCUCAUACGGACGAAUCUGGAUAUUCAGAUACUUUAGAUAAAACUACUUAUAAUGAAUCUGUAGAAAACAAUAGAAAUCAAACACCAAUAAUACCAGUACCGCCACCCUUUGAUGAAAACUUUUUUACAAGUCCAUCUUUUAAGAAAUCUUAUACAGUACCUUCAAGGCCGUCAAAAUCAGUUAUAAUCGAACCUGAUUCAGACAGACAGCCAAGAAAGAGUAUUCAAUCUAACAGUUCAUAUGAUGAUGGACCUAUGGUGUUUGGUAGCGACAAGCAAAUGAAUUUUAUGUCCAAGUUGAAUAACAUAUUCCAAACGAAAAUCUCAUCGACAAAUGAUGACGAAGAACAGCGGAAGAGGUCGCAUUCGGCGGGAAAUCUGUCAGAUAGUACAGAGUACCCCUUAAACAAGGAAAGGUCGCAAAUGUUUUUAGACUUGAAAAAGGAGAUAUCGUCAAUGGAAACGGCGAAAAAUCUGCGACACAUAAGUACAGAAGAAAAUAACAAUACAGAACCGGAUACAGAAGAAGAUGGAGAUAAUAGCUUAAGUCGAGAAGAUUUGAAAUCAAAAUUAGAGAAUAUUUUUGCCACAGGCGGGCCUCGGCUCUUAAAACCUCGUGGCAUGCAAUCCAAUCCUCCUACACCUGAGGAGUCAUACCAAACGGAUACUUCUAGUUUAGAAAGUAUAUCGAAAAUUCCAAAGGUGGAAAAAACAGAUACACUAAAGCGCCAAAAAGCAAAAUUCAAUGAAGUAUUAAAUUCAUUUCGAUUAAGUUUAAAUAAGGGCGAUGAAGUGUAA